AUGAGGGCACGGGCCCCAGGUGAUGAGGAUGGAGGAGGCACCCAGAGCCCAGAACUCAGCCCAGCCCCUCGCCCUCCCCGACCCCACCAAGGGCUCAUGAAGGGAGACAAGCGUGAGGAGCUGGGGCCGGGCCCCGAGCCUUCGGGCCCCCCGCUGCCCACGGAGGAGGAGGAGGCCCUGCUUGAGUUCCACCGCUCCUACCGGGAGCUCUUCGAGUUCUUCUGCAAUAAUACCACCAUCCACGGCGCCAUCCGCCUGGUGUGCUCGCAGCACAACCGCAUGAAGACGGUCUUCUGGGCCGUGCUCUGGCUCUGCACCUUCGGCAUGAUGUACUGGCAGUUCGGCCAGCUCUUCGGAGAGUACUUCAGCUACCCCGUCAGCCUCAACAUCAACCUCAACUCGGACAAGCUCAUCUUCCCCGCCGUCUCCAUCUGCACCCUAAACCCCUACAGGUACAAGGAAAUUCAAGAGGAGCUGGAGGACCUGGACCGCAUCACGGAGCAGACACUUUUCGACCUGUACAAGUACAACGCCUCCCACACCCUCGUGGCCCACGCCCGCUCCCGCCGCGACCUGCGGGAGCCGCUGCCGCACCCUCUGCAGCGCCUGCCCAUCCCGGCUCCGCCCCACGCGGCCCGCAGAGUCCGCCGCGCCGGCUCCAGCGUGCGGGACAACAACCCCCAGGUGAACAGGAAGGACUGGAAGAUCGGCUUCCAGCUGUGCAACCAGAACAAAUCGGACUGCUUCUACCAGACAUACUCGUCAGGGGUGGAUGCUGUGAGGGAGUGGUACCGCUUCCACUAUAUCAACAUUCUGUCCAGACGGAGACAGGACACCUCUCCCUCGCUGGAGGAGGACGUGCUGGGCAAAUUCAUCUUCACCUGCCGCUUCAACCAGGACUCCUGCAAUGAGGCGAAUUACUCUCACUUCCACCACCCGAUGUACGGAAACUGCUACACUUUCAACGACAAGAACAGCUCCAACCUCUGGAUGUCCUCCAUGCCCGGGGUCAACAACGGCCUGUCCCUGACACUGCGCACAGAGCAAAAUGACUUCAUCCCACUGCUGUCCACGGUGACCGGGGCCCGGGUGAUGGUGCAUGAACGGGAUGAGCCUGCCUUUAUGGAUGAUGCUGGCUUUAAUCUGCGGCCCGGCGUGGAGACCUCCAUCAGCAUGAGUAAGGAAGCCGUGGACAGACUUGGGGGUGACUAUGGCGACUGCACCAAGAAUGGCAGCGAGGUCCCGGUGGAGAACCUUUACAAUACCAAGUACACGCAGCAGGUGUGCAUCCAUUCGUGCUUCCAGGAGAGCAUGAUCAAGGAGUGUGGCUGUGCCUACAUCUUCUACCCACGGCCCGAAGGCGUAGAGUUCUGUGACUACAAGAAGCAUAAUUCUUGGGGCUACUGCUACUAUAAGCUCCAGGAUGCCUUCUCCUCAGACCGCCUGGGCUGUUUCACCAAGUGCCGGAAGCCAUGCAGUGUGACCAUCUACAAGCUCUCUGCCAGUUACUCACAGUGGCCCUCCGUGACAUCCCAGGACUGGGUCUUCCAGAUGCUGUCCCGACAGAACAACUACACCAUCAAGAACAAAAGGGAUGGAGUUGCCAAACUCAACAUCUUCUUCAAGGAGCUGAACUACAAAUCUAAUUCUGAGUCUCCCUCAGUCACGAUGGUCACCCUCCUGUCCAACCUGGGCAGCCAGUGGAGCCUGUGGUUCGGCUCCUCCGUGCUGUCCGUGGUGGAGAUGGCUGAGCUCAUCUUUGACCUCCUGGUUAUCACCUUCCUCAUGCUGCUCCGGAGGUUCCGAAGCCGAUACUGGUCCCCAGGCCGAGGGGGCAGGGGCACCCAGGAGGUGGCCUCCACUCCAGCCACCUCCCUCCCCUCCAGUUUCUGCCCCUACCAGGCUUCCUCCUCUUCAUCCCCGCCAGACUCUGCCGUCUCCCCGGCCUUGUCAGCCCCUCCGCCUGCCUACUCCACCCUGGGUCCCCACCCAGCUCCAUCAGGCUUGGCAGAAGCCAGCGCCUCUGCCCACGCUCCAGGGGAGCCCUGA